CCAACUUGGAUUAUCUCGAGAUACCUGCAUUUAGAAUAAGUCUUCUAAUGCCAGGCUUCUGACCUGGAUUUGGUUUGAAAGCCAAGAGAACUUGAUUUUAUUUGUCCAUGGAGUUCCCAUUUUUUCACGGGAAGAUAACAAGAACAACUUGUGAAGAACUGCUGUCCAAGAAAGGAAAGAACGGUAGCUAUUUAAUACGAGAGAGUGAAACUGUAGCGGGAGCCUUGUGUCUGUGUGUUUUCUUUGAAGAUAUCAUCUAUACUUAUCGCAUCUUCAGGGAACACCAAGGAUAUUUCAGAAUACAAACUUCUGAAGGUGUUCCAGAGAGGACCUUCAGAACUUUAAAGGAUUUAAUAUACACCUAUGAAAAGCCAAACCAAGGACUAAUAACAAACCUUCGCUACCCAGUCAUGAAACACAAGCCCCCACAAAGAAGCUCAAGGUUCACGUCAGCCACAAAUGACGUCUAUAACGGUAAGAAAUACAAGACUGUAAAGGUCUGUGGUGAACAGCUGUAA